CGCAAGCGACCAUCCUGCAAGUACUACAGCUCUGGUGAUAAGAUGAAUGAAACAGCAGAGGAGUUAGCAAAUUACCUGAUAGAACGCCUGAAACUUUCACCACCGGACUCUAGAAUCGUUGUUGGCUUAGCAGGCGUUCCAGCAUCAGGAAAGUCCACACUCGCUCAUCGCAUAGUGGACCAUGUCAACGCGCACUUCCGCAGAAAAAGCGGGGUCGUAGGGAAUGUGCAAAACGAUAUCGCUGUCCUCAUCGGACUUGAUGGUUGGCACUUGACUCGGGCCCAGCUCGACCAGUUCCCCGAUCCCAAGCUCGCACAUGACCGGCGGGGUGCGCACUGGACGUUCGAUGGAGAAGGAUAUGUCGAGUUCAUAAGGGCGCUACGUCGACCCAUGGUUGCAGUGGAUGCCAAGGGAACAUCGUCCUCAGAAGUAGUAUAUGCGCCUUCAUUUGAUCAUGCCCUUAAGGACCCCACGCCGAAGGCUGUGCCGGUAUAUCCGUACCACCGGCUCGUCGUGAUUGAAGGACUAUACGCUUUUCUCGGCAUCGACCCUUGGAAGAGGGCAGGAGAGUUGCUGGACGAGCGGUGGUGGUUAGAGAUCGACGAGGCAGAGGCCGAACGACGCCUUGUUGCACGUCAUGUGCGUAGCGGCGUCGCACAAAGCAUGGAGGAAGCGAUAUGGAGAUCAAGAGAAAACGACACACCCAAUGGCAGGUUUCUGAGAGAAAAUAUGCUGGAACCGACUAGGACAAUUCAGAGUAUUGAGGAUCCUGUACUUGCUGCGACUUGAUUUGGACCCUGUGCGGAAAAUAAGAUACUUAACCCAACAGCAUUAGACAUGGCCCGUUGAUGGAAGAUCCGGU